AUGUCUUCUCAAAUGACCACCCUCCAGGCCAUCCUGGACAAAUUCCGAGCUGAUCUGAAAACCUUCGAAGAAUUCUACCGCCAGCUCCAUAGCUCUCCGGAACUGUCAGGCCAGGAGGAGCAGACCGCUUUGUAUGCCUCAGAAUACCUGAAGAACCUGGAAUUCGAAGUCCACACAAACAUUGGCGGGUACGGCGUUGCCGAAGUUCUCCCAAACGGAGAUAGGCCCACUGUUCUCCUACGCACGGACACGGAUGCUUUGCCGGUCCAAGAAAAGACCGGACUAAGCUAUGCGAGUCGGAAAACCGCCUGCACCGCUGAUGCGGUCGAGACGCCGGUUAUGAAUGCCUGUAGCCACGAUGUUCAUACACGGAAAUACUAA